AUGGACACAAACAAAGUGUAUCUACCCAAAAAUAUAACACUACCCUGUAAGCUAAAAUGGGCAGUAGAUGAUAAUUCUAUGGUUAGUUCAAAUCAAAUAAUUGCUUUUAUUAUUGAAACUAAAAAUGAAGAUAUAAAUAUUCAAAAUGAUGAAUUAAUAAACAAUAACAAUGACUCACAAAAUAUCAAUCAACAUAAUUAUGACCACAAUAUAUAUGAACAGAAUAAUGCAAAUAAAUGUAUUAACAGUAUAGGCAAUUUAAAUAAUGAAAAUGAAGUAUGUAGCGAAAAUACUAAAAAUGACAUAAAUGAUCAGAAAAUUGUAAAUAACCAAAAUAAACUAAAUGACGAACAAAAUAAUGCUAUAAAUUUUAUACUAAAUAGUAGAAAUACUCGUGAGAUUAAAGAGAGUAAUCAUAUAUUCUUGCGAUCUAAUAACAGCGGUAGAAUAAAUAUUUUAAAAAAGAAUAUAAACCCCCAAAAAGAUGAGUAUAUAUAUAUUGAUAGCCCUAAUGAAUUAUUAUGUGAAAUUAAUGAUGAGGAAUGUAAGCAUGAAAUAAUAUUUUCAGGAUUAUGCGCAAAUUGUUUUAUGGGGCAAGAAGAAAUAAAUAAAAAUAAAAAUGACAAAUAUUUUUUAUCACCUGGCUUUAUAACAAAUGAAAAAAAAUUAUUUAUAAAUACAGAUAAAGCUAUUGAUCUAGAAAAAGAAAGAGUACAAAAUAUUAUAAAUAAUAAAAAACUAUGUUUAGUUUUAGAUUUAGACAAUACAUUAUUACAAGCUUCUUUUUAUAUUCAUUCUGUUAAUAUUGAGAAAGACAUAAUAAAUAUAACGACUGAUUUUGAUGAUGACGAGUUUGCACAUAUGUGUAAUAAUUUUGGAAAUGAAAACCAACCUAGUGAUAAUAAUAAGUUUGAAAACGAAGAAAUAAAUGUUAAAUCAGAGGAUACUCCAUUGAAUGAUGGUAAAGAUUGUUAUAAACAAUUUGAUAACAUUAUAAAUCAGAGAAUACAAAACGAUGAAAUAAAUUCUGAAAUGCUAUCAUUUUUUUUUAAUGCAAACAAAAAAAAAAACAAACUAGAGAAUGAUGCUUAUCAUGAUAUAAAAAUGAACUAUGAAGAGUAUCUUAGUUUUCUAGCUAAGGUAAAUACAUUAAAUUUAUUAAAAUAUAAUGGAAAAUAUAUACAUUAUGAAGAUUUAAAUGAUGAAGCCAUAAAAACAAAAAUAAAAAAAUUCGAAUCAUCAGUGUUAAAAACAACUGUAAAAUAUGAUAAAGGAUUAUAUACUAUAUAUUACAAAUUAAGACCAGGAGUAAUUGAAUUUUUACAAAAAAUGAAUCAAAAAUAUGAAAUAUAUUUAUAUACAAUGGGAACAAUAGAACAUGCUAAAUCAUGCUUAUUUUUAUUAGACCCAUUGAAAAAAUUUUUUGGUAAUAGAAUAUUUUCAAGAAAAGAUUGUACAAAUGGAAUGAAACAUUUAAAUCGAAUUCUUCCAACAUAUCGUAGUAUGUCAAUCUGUGUUGAUGAUAGUGAGUAUAUUUGGAAAGAAACAAAUUCUUGCAUUAAAGUUCAUGCAUAUAACUAUUUUCCUGAAAUUCAAUUUUUAGGAGAUAUAAAAAAAAAAACAUAUUUUUUAACAAAAUUUUUUUCUAUGGCUCAAUCAUAUUUAAACUUUUCAACAGAUAUUUAUCGAUUUAUUAAUUUUAAAUGCAAUGAAUAUGAAGAAUUCAAAAAAAAUUAUUUAAAUAACUUUAUGAUAAAUAAUAUAUAUACACAAAAUUUAUCGAUUCCUUAUUUGCCUCCUAUGGGUAUACAAAUAGGAGGGGCGCAUGCAAAUAUGAAUAAUACAUUAUUUGUUAAUAAUUCGAAUAUAGUAAAAACUAAAAAUACUAUAGAAAAUGCAAAAUUUUCCGAAGAAAACAAAGGCAAUGUAUUUAACGGAGUUGAUAACACACUAAGUCUAAACUUUGAUGAAGACGAUGACGAUUUUUCUAACGACAUGCUUAUAGAUUUGGAAAAGGAAUUCGAAACAGAUAAUGAAAAUGAUUCAAAUUUAAAAAGAAAAUCACAUAAUUCCAAUAAAAUAAAUUUGGUAAAUGAUCAAGAACUAGCUAAUUAUUCAUAUCCUCUUGAUACCACAUAUGAUGACCAAAUAGAAAAUCCGAAUGAACCCAUUUUAAGUGUUCAAACAAAUGCAAGUAAUAUCGAACAUGCUAAUAAUAAUAUAAACGACAAUAGUAAUGACCUAUUUACAGCAUCAGAUGAAGGUAUUCCAGCAGAUGCAAGUAUGCCUGAAAUUCAAAAUAACAAUUUAGUUUUCUAUAUAAAUCAAGAUCAAAAUAAUUCCUUUUUAAAUAAAUCGAAUAAUGAAAAUAAUAUUGACAUGGAAGAUUAUUCUGAAUUCACUGACUCAUUAAAUAAUAAUACAAAUUUAUCGAAUGAAGAAGAUAUAUUAACUGAUAAUUUAGUUCAAUUUUAUAGUAAAGAUAAAAAUGAUGAUUUGGAUUUGAAUUUAGAUGAGGAUGAUGAUGAAGAUAUGUUUUUUCUAAAUGAUGAUAUACUAAAUGACGACUUCAAUAAAAAAAUGAAAAAAAAAAAAAUAAAUAAAAAUGAUAAUGUAUCAAAAAUAUAUACACCGAAAUAUGCACCUUUAUAUGGUGAACAAAAUAUGCCAAAUAAUAUUAAUCAAGCUAAUUAUUUACAACCAAAAUUAAAAUAUAUAUCUCCAGAAGAUGAAAUGAUUUUUAAAUUUAUAUCUGAAAAAACAUUUAAAAAAUAUGAAAAUUACGUAACACAAUUUAUAGACAAUUAUUUUAAGGAGCGCGAUUGUAAUAGCAAUUACCAAAUUAAAAAGGAACCACAAGACCUUGAAAAAAAUAUCACCGACUACAUGGUAUCAGAAAUUCCGUCCCCGUUUAAAACAAAAACGGAAGAAAUAAACAAUAGUAAUGAUGUGUUUGAAGGAGAAAAAAUAUAUGAUGAAUCAUAUAUCCAAGAAAUGAAUAAUAAUGAUGAAGAACAAAUUCAAAGAUCACGAAAAGGUAGAAAACCUUGUGAGGAUGAUUUAAUAGAAUUUCAAAGUGUAAAUAAGAAAAAAAAAACUAAUAUGGAAUAUUCAAAUGAAAGCGAUGCAAACAUAUUAAAUAACAAAUUAAACUAUAACGACGGAAAUGAGAAAUAUAUCAACGAAUAUUAUGAAACUUUUUUUAUUCCAAAAAAUUUAAAGGAAAAUAAUUUUCAGGAUAAUGAUAAGCAAUUAUAUUAUUUAGUAACUAUACUAGACGAAAUACAUUAUGUGUUUUAUAAACUUUUUGAUGACUUUAAAGCAAAUAAAAUAAAUGAAAAAAAUGAAGACUCAAAAAUAUAUAAUUAUUUUUUACGAUAUCCAAUAGUUAGAACCAUAUUAAGGGAAUUCCGGAAAAAAAUUUUAAACAAUUGUGCAUUUAACAUAUCUCAUUUACCUGAUGACAUACAAAGAAGCGAUUAUAUAGACAACAUUGUUAAACUUGGGGGGCUUAUAAAUAAUAAUAAUUACAGUCAUAUGCUGACAAUAAAUAAUCCAUUAAAAACUGAAAGCGCAGAAAAAGCAAAAUACUCAAAUUUAAUGCUAAUUGAAAGAGCCUUAUAUACUUGGAAAUUUCCUGAUGCAAAAUAUUAUGACAUGAACACGUGGAAACAGCCAUACAGAAAUUUCUGGGAUGUCCUUGAAUAUGAAGAAAAAAAUUAUAAAAUAUAA